AUGGAAUUCACGAGUGCAAAAGCAAAGGUGGAUGACGCAGAGAAGAUACAUAAUCUGCUGGAAAAGGGCAAUGAAGAAAGGGUUGUCCUCGCUGGGGAUGCAGGAACGGGGAAAACAUGGUUGGCCCGACAAAUAAGCAAGUUUGCAACAGGUGCCACAGGCUCCUUCUAUAUGUCUCUUUGGAUAUCUCUGAAUGAAAAGUUCGACGACUACGGGUCUCUUCUCCAUUCCCUUGCGCGCCAGUUGCGUAUUCCGACCAGUGCUAAUGCGAAUGUGUGGGAAGAUGUUGAAUAUGCUGAUGAUGCUGAUGAUACUGACGAUGAGAAAAAGGAUGUUGAUGACUACCGGCUUAGGGUGAAGGUGAUGGGAAAGCUUUACGAGAAGAACAGAGAAAUGAGUGAGAAGAUGCGUAAGGAGGAGAGUGAAGCAAAGCACACCUGUCUUCUGCUGGUGUUGGAUUCGGAAGGAGUGGUAAUGACCGAAGAUUAUGAUGACUUCGUGAAAAAGCUUUUUCAUUCUGAUGAAAAUGUCAAAACGGAGGACGAAGCUUCAUUCAAACACAAGGUUCUAAUCACAACAAGGAAAAGUGAAGAAGAAGGAUCUAUCACUAAGGACUCAAGGGUGGUUGAGGUUCAACCCUUUUCGGGGGAUGAAGCAGUGAUAUUCUUGGAAAAUAGAGUUCGGGAGGAAGUUUCUAGGGUUCCAAAUUUUGAAAUAUUUCGUGUUGCCAUUAAAGAAAGGAGCGAGGUUUUGCCUGCUCAAAUUAAUAUGUUAACAGAAGCCUUAAAUCAAAUUGCAAAAGAUGGUCCUGAAGCAUUGAGGCGUGCUUUCGAUAUUGCAGCCCUUAACAUUCUGCGGCGUGCUGACAAAGCUGACAAAGGCCUUGUUCAUUUUGCAUAUGAAAACUUGUCUGGCGACUGCCUGAUUGAUUGCUUUUGGCAUAGCUGCUACUUCUUGGAGAAACAUGGUGCUGUUAACUACAACGAGUUGAUCACUCACUGGAUACUGGAAGGCCAUCUUGAUCUUGCUGUUGGUCUCAAGAAGGCUUACGAGAAGGGAUACAAUGUCAUGAUGGAGCUUAUAGAUCGUGGCAUGCUGAAGAUGCGAGAACCCAAUCUAAUUGUUUUGGAAGUAGGAACGCUUCGUCUGGAGGAUCAUAGCUGUCGUGGAUUAUUUGGGAAAUCCAAGUUGGGGCUGGCUAGCGUGCUUGAGGGUGACAACAAAAAAGUUUUUGAAAGAAUGGCACCAGCUGAUGGCAUGAUAAAGACAGUGCGAACGGAUCAGGAAGGAAAAACAGUUUCCUCACUCCUGAUUGAGGGAAGCUAUCUAUGCAGGGAAGUCCCUGACACAUUCUUUCAAGAAAAAGAGCACCUCAAAGUUCUGGCCAUUUUUAACCCCAGGCUCACAUCCCUCCCAAAAUCCAUAUCUAAAAUGGAGAAUCUGCUUGUGCUUGUGCUCAGAGACUGUCAUCUGCUGAAUGACAAUAUGGAAUGCAUUGAGAAUCUCAAAGCAUUAAUUGUUCUUGAGAUAUCUGGUGCACCCUUUCUGAAGGAACUGUCAGAAGUACUUUUUACAAACAUGAACCAACUUCGAAGCCUCAAUCUAUCUGCACUCAGAAUCAAGUCAUUGCCAGCAAGUCUGUCCAACCUGACUGAACUACGCAGGCUCAUCCUUAGACAGUGUUCUUGCCUGGAGACUCUGCCAAAGCUAGCAAAGCUCAAAAACCUUGAGGUAAUUGAUCUUUCUGGAUGCUCCUCUUUGAUAAAGAUCCAAGAAAAAAGUUUCAAGUCAUUUGAAAAGCUUCGAGUCAUUGAUUUUUCUGAAACCAAAAUUGAGAAAUUACCAAUUGUUCAGACUCUCAAACAUUUAACACUCCUUUUGGCUAAAGGAUGUGAUCAUUUAUCUGGACUGCGCCUAAUGAAACAUCUGCCAGACCUCAAGGUUCUUGAUGUUUCAGGCGCCACUAGGAUAAAGGAAAUACAGUAUGACAGCUUUGAAGGCACUGACAACCUCAGAAUCCUUGAUCUGUCCAAAACCGACAUUAGAUUUUUACCUGACAGCCUUGGCAAACACCUCUGUGAUCUCAAACUGAAAGGUUGUUCUAAGCUUGAAAAACUCCCAAGCACAAGAGCACUUACAGACCUAGAGUCUCUUGAUCUUUCCGAAGACUCCAGUCUGCAAAAGUUUCCAGACAGAUUUUUUGAAAAUUUGUCUAGUCUUCAGUCCCUCAACCUCUCACAUACCAAAGUUAAAAGUCUUCCAGCUCUUCCCAACCUUCACAACCUUCAGCGCCUUUUCCUAAAAGGUUGUUUGUUUGAAAACCUUCCAGAGUUGAAAGAACUUACUGGCCUUGUGGAACUUGACCUCUCAGGUUGUGAAAGCCUAGUGAACUUGCCGAGCUUGGCCGAUCUUAAAUAUCUUGAGAUUAUUAAUCUUUCCAGUUGUAAAUCUCUGUCAGGAAUAGAUAAAUACUUCCAGCACAUGUCUUGGCUUCAGGUACUCAAUGUCUCAGAAACUCAGAUUCCAUCCUUCCCAUCCCUACCCAAUCCUAGCAAACUCCGGUCCCUUAUUCUAAGGAAUUGCACCAAACUAGAAGAAUCUCCAGAUUUUCAAAUCCUGGUAGAACUUGAGCAGCUUGACCUACGUGGUACGAGCUCUUUGAAGGAUAUCAAGGCCGAAUCUUUCAAUCAACUGGCUCAGCUUCGAACACUGAAGUUAUCUAAGAUUGCACUUAAAGGCAUGCAAUCUUCACUGUCAGCUUUGACGGAACUUCAAGUUUUGGAUCUUUCCGCAGAAGCUGUUGAGUCUUUGCCAUCUCUUGGUGGUCUUAGCAAACUACGGCAGCUUUUGCUAAGAGGAUGUUCGAGCUUAAAGGAGUUGCCAUCAUUGAAUUCUGGUCUAGAGGUGCUUGAUCUCUCAGGAACCAAGGUAAAGAAUCUGGGAGAAAAAAUUUCAAAGUUGACUAAUUUAAAGCGUCUUCAUCUACCGGAGAAGGUGAUUGAAGAAUUUAAAGGGGAGAACGUCAAGUUCCUACCAUUGGAGGUAAACUUGGAUCGGUGUUGUAUCUCUGAGCCUUCUGAGAUUCCUAAGGGGGGUGAGAAACCUUCUAUGGUUGUGCAUGGCACAGAACUCCUCCAAAGUUUGAAGAAAGAUCCUACGUUAUUGGAGAGUAUCAGUUCUAUUUCCUCUGUUCACUCUGUUAAAACACAUGGCAGAGAUGAGGACAAUUACGAUGACAGUCGUAGACAAAUCUUCAGCGAUAUCUACUCCAUGAUUAGAAAACUUCCUCUUGAGGCAAAAGAUGGACAGUUUCUGGAAAUCCGAGGAUUUGAUGAUUAUCCCAUUGAUAUUGAGUUUGUUCUUGAGCACGCGAAGUAUAUCAUGUUGGUUGAAAAUCAAUUUUUGAAAAACUUGUCUGAUCUAAAGCCUGAUAGCUUGAAGAACAUGAAAGGAUGUUGGCUAGAGAGGUGCUCCGGAAUGGAGAGUAUUUUUGCUAAGGCUGAUCUUGAAAUGGAAAAACCCCUUGAGAUUCUGUGGAUUUCUAACCUUCCUAGUUUGAAGAGUUUGUACCAAGAGGAAGUGCAAUCCCUGAGUUCUGGGAACCUAAAGAUUUUGUACAUUGAUUGCUGCCCAACACUGGAAACUGUUUUCUCAUCAGGGCAGCUGCCAGAAAACCUGGAAACUCUCCAAAUUAUGUUUUGUGAUAACUUGAAGAAUUUGUUUGGAGCUAAGGAUUCAGCCAAAAGUGAACCGCAAACCACAAGUUCAGCAGACAAGGAAGUGGACACCACGAGUUCCACAAAGAAGGAAGUGCAGACCACAAGUGCAGCAGACAAGCUUCCAGCCAAGAAGGAAGUGCAGACCAAAAGUUCAGCAGACAAGGUUUCAGCCAAGAGGGAAGUGCAGAGCACGACUUCCACGGACAAGGAAGUGCAAACCACGAGUUCCGCAGACAAGGAAGCGCAGACCACAAUUUCCUCAGACAAGGAAGUGCAACCCACGAGUUCAGCUGACAAGGAAGUGCAGACCACGGCUACCGCAAAGAAGGAUGUGCAAACCAUGAGUUCAACAGACAAGCAACUGCAGACCAUGAUUUCGGCAGAAAAGGAAGUGCAGACCACAAGUAGAAGCAAUCUCAAGCAUUUGCAUAUAUCCCAUUGCCCAAUGCUUGAAACUGUUUUCUCAUCAGCGCAGUUGCCAAAAAGAUUGGAAAUUCUACGAAUCAAGUGUUGUGGUAAGUUGAAGAGUUUUUCUGGGCAGGAGUUGAUCAACUUGGAAUUGCCAAACUUGCACACAUUACAUCUGUUAGAACUGCCAGCUUGGACUGCGUCCAGCAUCAGCCUAAAAUCAAACAAAUCAAUUCCAAAUGUUGAAGUUAGUCCCAAUAUACCAGUAGAAAAAAGUCUCAGGUCAGGAAAUGCAUCAAAAGAAAUCACUGGAGCUGAUAAGAAUUGAGACUUAAUGGAAGACAAAAGGCCUCAAGCAGGUUGGCCAUGUGUAAUUUCAGAAAUACGAAGUGGAGAUGUACCAAUUGAGGAAAAACUAAGAGGAGGACAGCCUAGAAGCUUUGAUCAUGUGGAAAGUGGACAUAAGAAUCUUAGCUAAGUUGGAUUGAUUUGUUCAAGUAGAGAGAGGAAAGAGAGGUAAACAGAGACAUGGAUUGAAUACAGAGGGAGAGAGAGAGAGAUUUGUCCUCUUUAGAUCUUUCAGUGACUUGAUCCACUGUGAGAAUAAGUUUCUAUCUCCUACCUAAUGGAUUAAUACUGCCUAAUGAUCGUGGGGUUAGAAGCUAAACUGUUAUACAAAGUCCAUAGGCUAGGUAGAUCCUAAAAGUUGAUAUUGUUAAAAACACAUAGGAAUUUCAGUCUAGAUGGAAAGCUUUAAGGGCUUGAUGAGCAGAAUGAUCUCUAUCUUGCAAAUGGUCAAGUAUGACUUCAGGUCCUUCUUUGUUUUAUAUUGUACACAAUCCGCUCAUUCCUGCUUAUAUUACAUACAGUUUCAGUGAAGAUUAGGAAUUUAAUACCUACUGCAACCAUGUGUAACUCUCUGACUUCUCUGUUUUCACUUUCUGAAGCAAGGCUGUCUCUGUAUACUGUGCAUAAAAGAUUAUUUUUCUGGGUUAAGCAAACCUUGUGAUUUGACUGAAAAGAAGCUCUAGCUGUAUUAUUAGGUCACCCCAAAAUCAAACAUGUCCCAAUGUUGGCACAUAAAUGAGUUGGUUAAUUUUGAGUGAAUCUUCAGGAUAUUUUCCUGCACAAUGUGCAUGUACUUGAGCCACACUUCAAUACAAGCCAUGCUAUGCAGGCAUUAAUCGUUUAAGCAUCUUUGAAAGCGCUUUUUUUCUUGCCUGGAUAAUAAGUUGUGAUCUUGAUUAUGCAAUCAAUUUUGUGCUUUUCUAGGUUUGAUGAGAUCCCUGACUGUUUAGUGCCCAAAAUUCAUUGUGAAGUUGUUU